AUGUCUUCGCAAGCCGCGGACGCCUUCAGCGAGCGAUUUCGGAACCACAAGCCGAUUUCCAAGCCUGUGCCCGCCUAUCUGCCUCAGGUCGGCUCGCCCUUGGCUGUCGACAAAGACCACUACGCGGCCGUGCAGCAGGCGUUCCGGGUCCUCGUAAAAGAGUUCACCCUGUCCAUCCGCUCCGGCCGGGUUGCGGGAGGCGCCCGCCGGCUCCAUCGUGAGGAUCGACACCCCUCAGGGACCGCAGGUUGGUUCGUAGCCCUCAAGUUCCGCGACCUUAAUAUCUGGGACAGGCACAACCCGCGCGAGCGGUUCUUGGCCAACCGCACGCCUCGCACGCCUCGCACGCCUCGCACCUACGGCCGCCUCUAG